AAAUUUCUAAAUACUCUACUUGACUGCUUCCGGCUUUGGAAUAUAUAAUUUUUGUAUCGGGUUUAAAUUACGAUAAUCAAAAAUAAUGAGCCUAGCUUGAAUAGAAGAGUAAAUGGAGUUCGUAUGAGAAAUAAUCAUAAAAUUGAUACGUGGGAAACUAAUUCCCAUCAUAAAAGAUUAUGAACAGGCUCUGUAUAUGUUCAGGGAUUCGUUCUCAUGGGCUCAUAAAUAAGAAAGAUAACUAUUUUAUUCAACCAAAACGACCGCUAAAAAAGUCAGUCUUUGAGGCUUCAUUUUUGCCUACAGACAAAUUGAAUUGAAACCUAUACAAUUUUUAAUUUCUAGUCGUACCGGUUAAUUUUAAACAACAAAAUUAAGAAGAAUUCAAACGAAGAAUUGACUUACAAAUUCGCAGGAGUCUGAAACAAUCUUGCUGAGCGUAUAUCGACAUAAUUACUGGGAUUAAAAAGUAACUUUAGUGAAUAUUAAUUUAUUCUCCUCAAUGAAAAUAAUAAAUGACUGAAUUGACAUUUUUGAUUCAAUUGUUUUUCAUUUGCAGAGAUAUUUUUGAAACUCUUGCCAUCUAUUGGCGUUAGCGAUAAUUUAUAACAAUCAGCACCAGUGUCCUUGAAUCAGAAGAUAACUUUACCCAAAGAGGAUGGGACUUUAUCGUUGUUUUAAAACUGACACAUAGGAUAAAUGUCAUAAUAAAAAAUGUGAGAAAUUGAGAGUACGAUAAAUGUCUGUUUACGAGUCGGGAAAUGCACAUUUUUAAUGAUAAAAAGUAUCACAAUCAGCGCAGCUACAGUAUGACGCAGAAUAAGAAGCUACGUUUAGAGUUGUUACCAACACGUAUAUUAAUUAUAUUUUAUUGAUGUGCCGCUGUGCAGUAACCUUAUUUUUGCACUUAUUCGGUGUACCUGUAAGCAUCUGGCGUCUACCCCGAAGGCGUCGUAGGGAUAGAUAUUUAAACUUGAAAUUGGCGAACUCCCUCAACCCAUGGACCGAACAAGUUAUGGAAUCAAACUAUGACGAAGAUUUGAACGAAAAUAUAUUUUUUCAAGAAUUGCAGCAAGAGUAUUCGAAUAUAUUUGAAAAAGCGAUUAACGAAGGGUGGAUCCUCUGCGUUCCUCGAUCAGGAACUUUUUCCAAAGGAUCUCUUUUGGAAGAUGAUUUCCUCGGCCACAUUCUGGUGCCCAGCGAAGAAUUACCAACUUCCCAUUUUCGCACUUUAACUGGCAAAGAAGUGAGAUUAUGCAACAGGGUAUUAACCGUUGACUACGAUAUUGCUAAACCCUGCACGGCGCACAUACUUUUUGAGGAAACUUACUACACCGAUGAUUCACUAAAGUACAGAAUAUGGUGUAUCGAACACCUUUUAGAUCAGGGUACCGUCACUUCCCACGAUACCAUACCUGUACUGAACAAUAUCCGGGAAUGUGUGGACUUUCUCUGGACAGAAACACUGAACAAACAAGUUCUCGAGGAAGUAGAUGCUGCCAUCAAAGAAUUUGAGCAAUCACACGAACAAUUAGAAGACGAACCUUUGCAAUCACAGAGAGAUCUCGUUGCAGGUUUAUAUGCCAAGAGUCUUGGCGUUGUUUUAAGAGACUCAAGACUGAGAGAGAAGACAGCUGCUAGCAGACACUUCCUUCACACUAUCAAAGUAGCUGUCGAAAGUUAUGUUCUUCACGGUUUACGCAAUCUACUACCAAAGGCAAUAUCUGCUUAUACCGCGUUUGAUGACGCCUGCCUUAAUAAAACUAUAAAAAAUUUACACGAAUUACAAUUACGGGACCUGGGAGUAAGACCUGAUCUGUAUGGAAAUGCUGUACGAGGUAAACUAGAGCUUGCCAGACUGGAUGGAUUUGCAACAGUUCUUGGAAAAAUUGGUUGCUUGAGACGGGCGGUUCGUUUUGCAUCCCAGGGGGAGAUUUCAGUUUCUUCGGAUGAUUUACUACCGGUUCUCAUAUUUUCAGUAAUAAGGGCUGGUCUGCCGACAUGGAAUGCUCAGCUUGCUUUCAUGAAACAAUUCAGAUUUUCAUCCAACUCUGAAUACGAAACCGAUGAAGCCGGCUUUUUGAUAACUUCCUUAGAAGCAGCUGUUGAGCAUGUCAGAUCUGGAGUACUAAUUGGAUCUGUUUAUCCAGAGGCAGAUGACUUGGAUGGUGUUGAGCAAAAUCUAGAUCAAAAUGAAACAGGUGUGAAUAAGGAUGACCAAAUAUCGGUUGGCUACUUUUUUGAACGUGUCAAGCAUGGAGAUACUUCAGAGGUGGAAAGAAUUCUCUCCAAAAAGACACUGGAAAAAGUCUCCACAAAUGUCAAGCUAUGCCAUCCCUUAUGCACUUGUGAAUCCUGUGAAAAGAACUUGGCCAAAACUACCUGCGUUACUCUACCAACUGUUCAUUCCAGAGAUGACAGAGGAUUAACGGCGUUGCAUAUCGCUGCCCUAUAUGGACAGGCAGACAUGGUGGAUCUUUUGAUACAUCAUGGGAGCAAUGUCAAUGAAGUAGAUGCCGACGGAACGACACCGCUCCAUUGUGCUGGUGCUCGAGGCCAUUUAUAUACCCUGCUCCUGUUAAUGCAUGCUAACGCAGAUCCGACAAUUUUCGACGCUCAUGGCAACACAAUCUUGCAUCUAGCUGCUGAUAAUGGUCACGAAGCUUGCGUGAAAGCCGUACUUUUCUUUGCAAAGCAUACCAAGUGGCCGGUAGAUCCGAAUGCUCUGAAUUGCAAUGGAGACACUCCGCUGCAUUACUCCGCAAAAUGGGGCUACACUGGUAUAGUUGAUAUCCUUCUCGAGCACGGCGCGCAACCAAAAAUUGUGAACAGAAGAGGUCAAACACCAAUAGCACUGUCGCACAACACCUUCAUUUCAAAACUACUCGAAGUAGCAGCGGGCAGACACCUUCAUCCAAUACCUCGUUUGACUUCACAUCGGCUAGCUUUGACCCCAUCUGCAGAAGAAGACAAACAAUUUGAGCCAAAGUAUCCCACGGAAAGACUUAGAAGAGUCGAAAGACUUUUAUCCGCCAUAUCAGAGGGCGAUUUGAGAUUAGCUUAUUACUAUCUUGGGUUAGAAGGUCCGGACAAAAAGCCCGUUGAACCAACUCCAACGCUGUGUCAUCCGCUGUGUACUUGUGAAAAGUGUAGUCUGAUCGAAGAAAUUCCUGAAGAGCAUCAGAGAAAGCCUGCAUUGGGGAUCAACAGUUGCGACGGCGAUGGACAAACCGCUCUUCACGUUGCCAGCGCGGUUGGCCAUUCAGAAUUUGUUCAGUUAUUAUUAGAUGCAGGUGCAAAGGUCAAUGUAAAAACGAAGUCAAAGGGGCAAACCCCGCUACAUUUUGCAUGCUUGAAUAAUCAGCUGGUAGUUACCAAGAUACUUUUGCACAGCGGUGAGUGCGAUGUCGACGUCAAAGACAAUUCUAGCGACACACCGCUCCAUUUAGCUUCUAGAACGGGUGACACUAGACUCGUUGAGCUAUUAAUGAGACAUGGGGCCAACCCCAGAAUCCGUAACUCGCAAGGUGUAACUGCCAUUGAAGAGGCUGGGGAAAGAGUUAUGGUAGGCAUGGUGAAAAUUUUGAGUGGAAAUCCUUCAAUGCCUCGUUAACGAUAUUUCGUGUUUUUCCAACACUGGUACUCGAACUAAUUUUAAGAUACAAUACUGUAUAUAUGCACAUAAAUUUUACAUUACCUUAAGUCGAUAUGAGUUCUCGAGAACCUUGUUUUCACAGUCGCAAUCACAAUUAUACGUACCACAGCUUAGUCAUGUCCCUUAAAACUUGUAAGUAAACCCAUAGGUAUUAUACAAACUUGUAUUUGUUUUCCAAACUAUGAACUGACUAAUACUCCGCAUACGUACUAGAAAAAAAGAGUCAUUUGCAGUUAUUUAACCUUAGACUGUUAUUAUUCAUAAUUAUACAUAUAUAUACAGUUCACGACUUAUGUAAAAUGCAAUAUAUAUAUAUAUAUAUAUUUAUAUACGUAUACCAUUCAUUAUUUACAAAUUUAUACUGUAGGUAUCGAUAACGAAAUAUUAUCUUAGUAUAAUUAAUAUCUGUUCCUAAAAAUUAUGCUUUAUUAAGUAACUGUGUAGUUAAUAAUGCCUGAAACUUAUUUGCAAGUUUUGUUAAGAAUUCUGUAUACUAUAAUAUAAUCGUGUUCCCGAGCGGGAAUUGCUCUGUCGAUGAAAACACGCUAUGAAAAAUAUCUG